UCUGUGUGUGUGUGUGUGUGUGUGUGUGUGUGUGUGUGAGUGUGUGUGUGUGUGUGUGAGUGUGUGUGUGUGUGUGUGUGUGUGUGUGUGUGUGUGUGUGACAAAGUGAAUGAUUUUAUACUCAAUAAUCGUCGUAAUCGAACUUAUAAAGUUUGUUUUAUCAGUGAGCUGCUGAUGUCCCACAAUGCAUUGCACAGCCGCAAUGUAAACGUAGAUAAAUGAGCUGCGUCGUGUCUCCAGAAACAUAAACUAUAAAACUAUAAACUAAAGAAACGUUUGCUGGAUGUUUUCUGUCAGUUCGUAGAAAACGCUUUAAAUGCUGCGUUCAGGUGCAGCUGGGAAACUCCGGCUCCUGAACACAUCGUCUGCUGUCCGCCGUCGGUUCUGUGAAAUAUUAUUGAGCUUCGGAAUAAACAAGCAGUGUAACAUCAGAUCUGAUCCUGACAGGUUGUUGUUGUUGUUGUUGUUGUUGUUGUUGUUGUUGCAGAUGCAGUUCUGUGGCUGUUUGCUGUUGUCCUGCCUGCUGUCCAUCACUCUGCUCCACUGCGGCGCCGAUGCCUUCAGGGUCCAACCCGCUCAGCACGUAGACCGGCCCGCGUCCAGGUCUUCGGCGGGUCUUCGUCCCAGAGUGGCGAAGGCGGGGGAGGAGCUAACGGCGAAGCUGCUCCGAUUGGACGACCAGGUGAGGAUGGAGAAUGACGUCAUGGAGCCAAAGAGGAAGAGGAGUUUCCCCGGCAACAACGCCCCGCUGGACCGCCUGUCGGUCAACUCCAUGGAAACCAAACAGGGGACCAACAAGCAGAGCAAGGUCGUCGAGUCGCCGCGGCGACGAGUCAAUCCGCCUCCCAUCGACCGGAUCGGAAUGAGUCGUCUACCGAACGGCCGAGGAUAGACCACGCCCCCUCCCUCUGACAGCCCGCCCCCUCUCUACAGCGCCCUCCUCUGGACAGAGGAUUCACCAGAUGCAUGAAACAGCCAAUCACCUGCCGAGCCACGCCUGUCAAUCAUCCACCUUCACUUCACCUGGACACCCCCCCCCACACACACACACACACAGCUGAAUGUUUACCGAUGGUGCAUUCAGGUGCAGUUUGGUAAACGUAUCACAUAAGUCUGAAAGGUCGGGACCAAAGCAGCAAUACAAUGAAGUCCAAUCGAUUGAUUAUUGAUCAGACUUCAUAGAGUCUUAAAGAGAAUCUAAAACUGAUUUUAGUCACAUAGAAACUGAAGAAUCGGCUUUUAGAGUCUUUAAAAUCUUCCUCAAAUGUUUGAAAUAAAGACACAAACAUUGUCGUUCACAUUAUCAUCAGGAAAACCUUUAUUUUAUUUUACACAAAUGUGUCUGCAGCAUCGUAAAGGGUCGCUAACAGCAACAUUAAAAACAACUUCCAACAAUUAAACUUCACAAAGUUUCACCACCUAUCACCUGAAUGCAUCACCAGCCCUCCC